AUGUCGUCUCUCCAGCUCGGCGUCAGUGGCAUAGCACUCGUCCCCCAGUCCACCGGAUAUGCCUUACUCAUCGGCCUCGGAGUUGCUUUCUGCGGCGUUAUUCUCGUGGCACUUCAGAUCCAAAAGGCCUAUCUCUCUGAGGACUCGGGUACAUCAGAGAUGUUCAUGGUGGCGAAUCGGAGCGUAGGGACAGGUUUGACGGCGUCAGCGGUGUUUUCGUCUUGGAUGUGGAUCAACGAGACAGUGUUUGCAGCAGCUAUGUGUUACCGCUUUGGUAUUGCGGUGCCUUUGUGGUGGGCUACCGGGUUAUGCUUCCAGAUCGCACUCAUGGCUGCAUUGGGCGUGCUCGCCAAAAUCAGAGUGCCUUACGCGCACACGUCUUUGGAGAUCAUUCGGAUGAGAUAUGGAAAGAUCGGUCAUGUUGUGUUCAUUAUCCUCAACAUAACGAAUAACGUCUUUGGAUGCGCGUCCAUGAUCUUGACCGGAUCACAGCUUGUCUACGGCAUCUCGGGGAUUCACUUCGCGGCCGCCACUGUGCUGAUUCCGCUAGGAGUUGUGCUGUAUACUGCAGUGGGCGGACUCAAGGCCACAUUCCUGACGGACUACCUUCACACGGCAAUUGCUCUGCUGCUAAUCAUCUACUUCACCCUUGAAGUCUUGACCAACGAAGCAGUAGGCGGACUCGGAGGUCUUUAUGACAAAGUCAUGGCAAAUGCAUCCGCGAACUUCAUCGAAGGCAACUUCGAAGGAUCAGUGCUCACGUUCAAGUCCAAGCAAGCCAUCAUCUGGGCCCUAAUCCUCAAGUUUGGCAACCUCGCGCUCGUCGUCAUGGACACCGCCUUCUGGCAGAAGUCAUUCGCAACCGAAGUCAACGCAACAGUCCCCGGUUAUAACCUUGCCGCGCUCGCCAUCUUUGGCGUGCCCUGGGGCCUAGGUACCGUGUUCGGGUUGACCGCGCGCGCCCUCCACAACACCCCCAUCUGGCCCACGUACCCCUCUCCGCUUACCCAAGCCCAAGUCAACGCCGGCCUCGUGAUGCCGUACACCGUCAAAGCGCUCAUCGGCGCCCCCGGCAUCGCCGCCUUCUUCGUCCUCCUCUUCAUGGCCCUCACCAGCACCGUCUCCUCCUCCAUGAUCGCCGUCAGCAGCAUCCUCUCCUUCGACGUUUACAAGACCUAUCUCAACCCGCGGGCGUCGGACAAGACCCUCGUGCACGUGAGCCACCUCACCGUCAUCUUCCACGGCGUCUUUAUCACGGGCGUCGCCCUCGCGCUCAACUACGGCGGUGCAAAUAUGACCUGGAUCGGGUACUUCCGCCCCAUACUUUCCUGCCCGGGGAUCAUCCCGUUGGCUCUCACGCUUCUCUGGGACCGCCAAACCUGCCUUGCUGCCAUCUUAUCCCCCAUCCUGGGCUUCUUCACCGGGCUGGCCAUAUGGCUUGGCACCUCGAAAGCUUUGUACGGCGAGAUCAGCAUGGCGAGCACGGGCAUGGGUCUGCCGGCGCUGUACGGCGCGACAGCAUCCUUCUUCUCGCCCGCACUGUACUCUGUGCUGCUUAGCUCGUACAAGCCGUCCGUCUUCGACUGGGCCGUGUUCCUGCGCAUCGAGCUUGCGGAGGAGACGCAGUUGGCGCGGAGUAGCGGUGCGCUGCCCGCCAGCGAUGCCACAAGCGCGGCAGACGAGGACGACGAGAAGGCGACGCAGCCGCACACCGAAAAGGCAGUCGCAGGGCCGGAUAUCUCGAUCCUCGCGCCCAACCCAGAGCACUCGCCUACCGUCCAGAAGAACAACGCUGCCAUCUUCGCUUCUCCUUCUCCCCCUUCGUCCUCCCUCUCCCUCACGCACCCAACACACCCCUUCCCUCCGGCCACCCUGCGCAAGCUGCACUGGUGGCACCGCGUCGCAUGGGCCUGGUUCGGCGUCAUCGUUCUCGUAACCUUCGUCGCGUGGCCGCUCCCGCUGUACCGGGACUACAUCUUCACGCGGAGUUUCUUCGCUGGGUGGGUAGGCGUUGCGAUAGCGUGGCAGUUUUUUGCGUUUGCGGCUGUGGUCGUGUAUCCGGUGUAUGACGGGUGGAGCGAGAUUGCGAAGGGGGCGAGGGGGGUGUGGGGGGCCGUGAAGGGGUGGGUGGGUAGCAGGGGCUGA